UUCAAUCUGACUGGGAUGCACCAGGAUGGAGAAGUAAUCAUAGGGGGACUGUUUGAGAUCUAUUUGUUCUCUGUAUUUCCAGAGCUAUCUUUCAGCACUAAACCAGCACAGCCUUGGUGUCAUGAGUUUUAUUUACAUGGUUUUAAGUGGGCACAAACAAUGGCAUUUGCCAUAAAUGAAGUGAACCGAAAUCCACAUCUGCUUCCCAACAUCUCUCUGGGUUAUAGCAUUUAUGACAACUGUAUCAAUCUCGGAGUGGCCUUCCGCGCCGCAACAGCUCUCAUUAGUGGAGCACAAAAAACUCUGUCUUCAUCUAGCUGCAGGAGGCUGCCUUCUGUUUUGGGAAUCGUGGGAGAUUCUGUGUCAACGCACUCUAUCGCCAUUUCUAGUGUGAUGGGUCUGUUCCACAUCCCAAUGGUGAGCUACUUUGCCACCUGUUCCUGCUUAAGUGAUAGAAGGCGCUACCCCUCUUUUUUCAGGACUAUUCCCAGUGACGCCUUCCAAGUGAGAGCUAUGAUUCAGAUAUUACAGCACUUCAGGUGGACAUGGGUGGGUCUUAUCUAUAGUGAUGAUGACUAUGGCCGACAUGCUGCUCAGUCUUUCCAUGAAGAUGUCACUGCAUUUGGUGGUUGUAUAGCCUUUUCAGAAGUAUUGCCGAAAGACAAUAAUAUGGUGGAGAUCAGAAAGAUCAUGCAAGUGAUUAUGACAUCUACGUCACGUGUGAUCGUGGCCUUCUCUACUGAGCCUUACCUUCUACCACUCAUGGAUGAGGUAGCUCGACAGAAUGUGAUACGGCAGUGGAUUGCCAGUGAGGCAUGGUCCUUCUCUCCAUUGCUCCUUACCUCACGCAUGCUCCCCUUUCUCAGAGGCACUCUGGGCAUUGUCAUCCGGCGUGGUGAGAUUGAGGGACUGAAAGAAUUUCUAUUGAGUGUCCGCCCCAACAAUGACCAUAAGAACAGUAUGGUGAGGAAGUUCUGGCAGGAAAUGUUCAACUGCAGGUUUGAGCCAGAAGAGGCCUUGGCCGUAUCUGAGGGAAGAGUGUGUACAGGAGAGGAGGACCUGAGUAAAGCUGAUUUGGCGUACAGCGAUGUCUCUGACCUCAGAGUCUCCUAUAAUGUCUAUAAAGCAGUUUAUUCCCUGGCACAUUCUCUCCACAACCUGAUGAGCUGUGUCCCUGGGCAAGGGCCCUUUAAAGGGAAUAGCUGUGCUAGUCCUCAUGACAUUCAACCCUGGCAGUUACUUCACUACUUACAGGCAGUGAACUUUACCACAGGUUUUGGGGAUCAGGUGUCUUUUGAUAAAACUGGUGAAGCCUUGGCCAUCUAUGACAUCUUCAACUGGCAUGGGAUGCCAGACGGCACAAUGAAGACCAGAACAGUGGGUGUUGUUGAUGAAUCACAAGCCACUGGGAAAACAUUCCAUCUGGAUGAAGGCAAACUCACCUGGAACUUUGAAUUAAACAAACCUCCUAGGUCAGUGUGCAGUGAGCCCUGCCACCCGGGAACUAGAAAAGCCAGAAGGAAAGGACUACCUGUCUGCUGCUUUGAUUGUCUCCCUUGUGCAGAUGGAGAGAUCAGUAACACCUCAGAUGCCAUUGAAUGUUUUAAGUGUCCAGUGGAAUUCUGGUCAAACUUUGAGAAAGAUAUCUGUAUCCCGAAGGAGGUUGAGUAUCUCUCCUAUGAAGAGGCCUUGGGCAUCUCAUUGACAUCAGUGUCUUUGUUUGGUACAUGUGCCUCUGCAGUGGUCCUUGCUAUAUUUGUUCACCACCGUCAUACUCCUGUAGUACGAGCCAACAACUCCGAACUGAGCUUCCUGAUUCUGCUUUCACUAAAACUCUGUUUCCUGUGUGCACUGUUGUUCAUUGGCCAGCCCAGGCUAUGGACCUGUCAGCUCCGCCAUGCAGCAUUUGGUAUCAGUUUUGUACUCUGUGUCUCUAGCAUUCUGGUCAAGACAAUGGUUGUGAUUGCAGUUUUUAAGGCCUCAAGACCUGAAGGAAAAGGGGCCAUGAAGUGGUUUGGGGCAGCCCAGCAAAGAGCCACUGUUAUCGUCCUUACAUCUCUCCAAGUGGCCAUCUGUGUGAUCUGGCUCUCCACUGCUUCUCCUACACCUCACAAAAACACUCACUACCAGACCUCCAAGAUUGUGUUUGAAUGUGCAGUGGGCUCAGUGGUAGGGUUUGCUGCAUUGUUGGGCUAUAUAGGUCUUCUGGCAGCCAUCAGCUUUUUGUUAGCUUUCUUAGCAAGAAACCUCCCAGAUAAUUUCAACGAGGCCAAGUUCAUUACCUUCAGCAUGCUCAUCUUCUGUGCUGUGUGGAUUGCUUUUGUUCCUGCCUAUAUUAGUUCCCCUGGUAAAUAUGCAGAUGUAGUUGAAAUCUUUGCUAUCCUGGCUUCAAGCUUUGGCCUGCUCAUAGCCAUAUUUGCUCCAAAAUGCUACAUAAUUCUCCUGCAUCCAGAGAAGAACACAAAGAAGGCACUCAUGAGUCGAGGCUCUCCUAAAUAA